CUGCAACUGCAUUGCCCCCAUUUUCAGCUUCUUCUUCUUCUUCUUCAUCUCCAAAUCUGUGUUUCAAUUCUCUCACUCUCAUCCGCCAUGGAACCCGUCAAUGCUUGGGGCAACACUCCUCUCAAGGCCGUCGAUCCUGAGAUCUUCGAUCUGAUUGAGAAGGAGAAGCGCCGUCAAUGCCGAGGAAUCGAGCUCAUUGCCUCCGAGAAUUUCACCUCCUUCGCCGUAAUCGAGGCCCUCGGCAGCGCCUUAACCAACAAGUACUCCGAGGGCAUGCCGGGGAACCGCUACUACGGCGGCAAUGAAUUCAUCGACGAGAUCGAGAAUCUCUGCCGUUCUCGAGCUCUCGAGGCGUUUCAUGCCGAUCCUGCUAAGUGGGGGGUAAAUGUCCAGCCCUACUCUGGCUCGCCGGCCAACUUCGCCGCCUACACCGCGCUGCUUCAGCCGCAUGACCGGAUUAUGGGGCUGGAUCUUCCGUCUGGUGGCCAUUUGACGCAUGGUUACUACACCUCCGGCGGGAAGAAGAUCUCGGCUACCUCGAUUUACUUCGAGAGUUUGCCUUACAAGGUCGAUUCGGCGACUGGAUAUAUUGAUUACGAUAAGCUGGAGGAGAAGGCCUUGGAUUUCAGACCCAAGUUGAUCAUCUGCGGUGGCAGUGCGUAUCCUAGGGACUGGGAUUACGCCAGAUUCAGGGCAAUUGCCGACAAAUGCGGUGCCCUCCUGCUCUGUGAUAUGGCUCACAUUAGUGGACUCGUUGCUGCACAGGAAGCUGCGAACCCGUUCGAGUAUUGUGAUGUCGUGACGACCACAACUCACAAGAGUUUGAGGGGUCCAAGGGCUGGUAUGAUCUUCUAUAGGAAGGGUCCAAAGCCACCUAAGAAGGGUCAGCCUGAGGAUGCUGUUUAUGACUUUGAAGACAAGAUCAACUUCUCUGUCUUCCCCGCCCUUCAGGGUGGCCCUCACAAUCACCAAAUUGGUGCUUUAGCUGUGGCCUUGAAGCAAGCUAUGUCCCCUGGGUUCAAGGCCUAUGCCAAACAAGUUAAGGCCAAUGCCGUAGCCCUCGGGAAUUACCUGAUGAACAAGGGCUACAAGCUCGUCACCGGAGGAACUGAGAACCACCUCGUUCUCUGGGAUCUUCGUCCUUUGGGAUUGACUGGCAACAAGGUUGAGAAGCUUUGCGACUUGUGCAACAUCACUGUGAACAAAAAUGCUGUGUUCGGCGACAGCAGUGCACUGGCUCCCGGAGGCGUUCGGAUCGGUGCUCCUGCCAUGACUUCGAGAGGUUUGGUCGAGAAAGACUUCGAACAGAUUGCCGAGUUCCUGCACCGUGCCGUGACCAUCACCUUGAACAUCCAGAAGGAAUAUGGAAAGCUGUUGAAGGACUUCAACAAGGGUCUGGUAAACAACAAGGACAUCGAAGGACUCAAGGCUGAUGUCGAGAAAUUCUCUGGCUCAUUCGACAUGCCCGGUUUUGCCAUGUCCGAGAUGAAGUACAAGGAUUAGAAAAAAGAAAUAGCAAACGAGACGAUGGUCUGGAAAACUAAUAAAAGUUUUGGGUGUUUGUUGAAUCCUUAAUAUCUUUCACUUCUUAAGUUGAAAAAGUAAAAAGGAAAGUUUGCUGUUUGUUUUUACCUUUGUAUGAUGUAGACUAGAUUUUCCUUCUUAAAUAUUCAUUUUUAAAAUUUCUCUUAAUAAUUGUAUCCUUUUUUUUUUCCUCUCCUUUUUAGAAUACAUGUUCACUUUGAACUUGAAUUUGAGGAGCAUAUUUGAAGUUAUGGGCUUUAUUGAUGCGGCCCAAUUUCAAA